AUGACGUCAACUCAAACUAAAUAUGACGCUUAUAUAAAUACAUCUUUACAUUUGAUUCUAUCUAUCUAUCUAUCUAUCUAUCUAUCUAUCUAUCUGUUGAUAUCUACCUAUCUAUCUCUUCACAUCUAUUUAUCUAUCCUGUUCAUAUCUAUCUAUUUAUCUAUCUGUAUAUUAGCCUGUUCUUAUCUAUCGAUUAACCUGUUCAUAUCUAUCUAUCUAUCUAUCUAUCUAUCUAUCUAUCUAUCUAUCUAUCUAUCUAUUAGCCACUCAAGCUAUUUUGACAUCCUGUUCCUAUCUAUCUAUCUAUCUAUCUAUCUAUCUAUCUAUCUAUCUCUUAGUCAGUUUAAAUCUAUCUAUUUAUAUAUCUGUAUCUCUCAGUCUGUUCCUAUCUAUCUAUCUAUCUAUCUAUCUAUCUAUCUAUCUCUUAUCUGUUCCUAUCUAUCUAUCUAUCUAUCUAUCUAUAUAUUAGCCAGUUCAUAUCUAGCAAUGUAUAUAUCUAUAUCUCUCAGUCUGUACCUAUCUAUCUAUCUAUCUAUCUAUCUAUCUAUCUAUCUAUCUAUCUAUCUAUCUAUCUAUCUAUUAGCCAGUUCAUAUCUUGCAAUUUAUAUAUCUAUAUCUCUCAGUCUGUAUCUAUCUAUCUAUCUAUCUAUCUAUCUAUCUAUUAGCCAGUUAAUAUCUAGCUCUUUAUAUUUCUAUAUCUCUCAAUCUGUUCCUAUGUAUAUAUCUAUCUAUCGAUCGAUCGAUCGAUCUAUCUAUCUAUUAGCCAUCGGUUCCUAUCUGUCUAUGUAUCUAUCCAUCUAUCUGUCUAUUUAUCUAUCCCUCUAUCCAUCUAUCUAUCUAUCUAUCUAUCUAUCUAUCUAUCUAUCUAUCUAUCUAUUAGCCAGUUCAUAUCUAGCUCUUUAUAUAUCUAUAUCUCUCAGUCUGUUCCUAUCUAUCUAUCUAUCUAUCUAUCUAUCUAUCUAUCUAUCUAUCUAUCUAUCUAUCUAUCUCCGUCUCUACGCUAGCAAACUCGGAUAUAUUGUGGCUCAACUCAGAACGAUUCUAUCUAAACAAGCAAGCGGAGACUUUGCUGGAGAUUUUAGCGGUCGGCAGAUGAACAAAGAAAUAAAAUCUACUCAAUUCAUUUCUUUUUCUUACAUUUUUCUUUCUCUCUUCUUUCCCUUCUUUCCAUUGUGUCACUUUCAUUCUUUCUUCUUUCUUUCUUAUCUAUUCUUUUCUUUCGUUCCUUUUUUUCUUAUUUGUUCCUUCUUAAUUGUUCCUUUCUUUCGUUCUUUCUUAUGUUUUAAUUCAUUCUUUCUUUCUUUCUUAUCUAUUCCUUUCUGUCUUUCUUUCUUAUCUUUCAUGAGUUUUUCUUUCUUUUUUCUUUGUGUUAUUUUUUUUCUGUCUUUCUUUCUUUUGUUCUUUCUUCCUUGCUGUUGCUUUUAUUUAUUUCUAUCCUUUCUUUCUUUCUCUCUUUCUUUAUUUUGUUCUUUCUUUCUUAUUUGUUCAUUUCUUUCUUUCUUGCCGUUCCUUUCUUUCUUUCUUUCUUUCUUGUUGUUCAUUUCUUUCUUUCUUGUUGUUUCUUUCUUUCUUUCUUUCUUUCUUUCUUUCUUUCUUUCUUUCUUUCUUUCUUUGAGUCUUUCUUUCUUAUUUGUUCAUUUCUUUCUUUCUUUUUCUUUCUUUUUUUUCUUUCUUUCUUUCUUUCUUUCUUUCUUUCUUCCGUUCUUUCUUUCUUUCUUUGAGUCUUUCUUUCUUAUUUGUUCAUUUCUUUCUUUCUUUUUCUUUCUUUUUCUUUCUUUCUUUCUUUCUUUCUUUCUUAUUAUUCAAUUCUUUCUUUCUUAUAUUUAUUAA